CUCUCUUUCUCUCUCCAAAACCCCCCAACUUCUAUCUCUAAAAAGCCAUGACAGACCCUCUCGAACCUCCAACAUUAUCAAACACAACCACCUCAAACCCCACCCAACCAUCCAUAUACAUACACCCACGUAGAGAGCCCUUCGAACAUGGCCUCAUUCCAAUUUCAAAGCUCAUCUUCGCAGAUGGGACUCAAACCCUAGCCCCUCUGAAAGACAAACUCGUUGCUCAGUCCGGAUCGACUCACAGAGUCAGCUCGGAGGCACUCUCGGAUACUCUUCAGAUCUCACUUGACCAUGCCCGCCUCGUCAUCGAGACCAUCGCGUCGGUUCUUCACUCGGAUUCGGACCCAUUAGUGACCGCGAAGCCCUCGGAGAUUGAGUCGGUUGGGGUUGAUGUGUCUGAUUUGGUGUUGUUCUUGUAUAUUCAAUCGUAUAAAAGGUUGCUUCCGAGGGGUCAUAAGGAUGCUGCUGCAGUCGCCGAUGUUUGGCCCUCCACUUCGGCUUUCGAUGGGUUUUUGUCGGCCCUCUCGCCGUUGCAGCUUGUCCGCAGCAACAGCCGUCGGUUUAUGCCAUCACAAACUGAUGAAGAGGCUCAUCAGUUAUCGUAUUUACAGAAACACUUGGGCAACAUUCUCUCUCUUUUGUCAGACUCAGCAGAAGGGGAAGGGGAAGGGGAAGAAUCUCUGGUGUUGACAAUGGAGAAAUUUGAGCACCUCGGAUUUCUCAUUUAUUUUGGUGAAAGGGGAUCAGCAAGAAUUCCAUUGAGUCAAAACGCUCCAUUUUUUGCAAAUUCAGACCCCGACAUGCCUGCUGCUCCUGUUCCUGCAGCACAAGUUCACGAUUGGCUUCUUCAGAAUAUAGCUUCUGCAUUGGAACAUAUUUCUGAAAGAGUUUCUGCCAAAGAAAAUGGGCCAACUGGUGCUUCUGAUCAGGAUGUUCCAAUGGCUGAUGUCUGCACAAGUUCAAUAAAGGCCUCAACCAGCUCUAGGGGUCCAAGUUUUAUUGAGGGAGUCUCUAAAUCAUCUUUUGUAAAGCAAGCUUCUGAUCUUAAAGGUUCUUCUGUAAAGGUUGUAAAUUGCCACGAGUCUGUCAUUUAUAUUUUAGCACCAUUGAAGUAUGCCACAGUCUAUGGAUGCUCUGAUGCGACUAUAGUUCUUGGAGCCAUUGGCAAGGCCGUAAGAGUUGAACAUUGUGAGCGAGUUCAUGUGAUUACAGCGGCGAAGCGAAUCUGUAUUGCUAAUUGCCGUGAGUGUGUAUUCUUCUUGGGCGUAAAUCAACAACCCCUUAUUGUUGGUGAUAACCAUAAGCUGCAGGUGAGUGUUGCUAAUCUUUUGCUGUCUACAAUUUAA